UUCGCCCAAGAAAACGUCGAAGCGAGUCCGGUACGAGGAGAUCGCUGCAUUACUGAAAAUAUAUGUAUACAAGUAAGAUCGAGUAGUAAGCCUCUCGCUCACUCCCACCACCCUCACCGCAACCGCCACGUCCCCUCGCCCGCUCAGCCUUCCUAAAACUACGCGCUGUCUCUACUGCCCACCCUUAGUCGACAUGGGGCUACGCUCUGUUCUUGUUACUAUCGCUUUGAUCGUAGCUCUGGCCGGUACCAUAACGCCCGCGAGCGCUGCGACCAAUACAAUAUGUGCCCUCGACAGAUGGGGCUCCGGAGUAUACCGUUGGGAUGAGGGGAGCUGGUCAUGGCAGUGGAUCGGGGGCACCGCAGACGGCAUCUGGGGUGGCCGCCUAGGUUUGUUCGCGACCAACCCGGACAACAAAGAGCUCUGGAAAUACAAUGGCCAGCCUGGCUCCUGGCAACGGAUCGGUGGUGGAGGCGUAAGGUUUGCUGUCACCGAGGCGACAAUCUAUGGGGUUGCAACAGACGGCCGUAGCACCUGGCGAUGGAAUGGUGGGGUCGACGACUGGUCGUAUGUCGGCGAGGGCAAAGCCCUUGUUGCUGGUGGCUGGGACUCGGUAUAUUCGUGGGGGACGACAUGGGAUGAGAUAGCCAACAAAGUCCCGAGUUGUGCGGUUGGUGGAGACGGCGAACUCUACACCGUGGGCAGCGACCGCCAGUCGACUUGGACCUUUCGGGACUGGCAGUGGCAGAGGAUCGGUCAAGGCGCCGAAAAGGUCUGGGCUGGUGGAUACGCAAUGGUCUCGACGGUCAAGGAUGCCAUGUAUCGCCACCUUUCGGGUACGCACUGGAACGUUAUCGGCGGCGGCUCAGACGAAGUUGCUAUUUCCGACUACCAUAUCUAUUCCAGAUACGGGGACACGAUCUAUCGCUAUUCGGGGAAUUCCGGGACCAACUGGGACGUUCUCCCUAACAUUAGUCCCAGGACCAUUACACCGUGCCCUUAAACGCACGCAACAGUCCUAUUGCGCUGCAGUUGGCUACUGGGAGGGAGAGUGGCGUGUGACGACCCGACCAACAGGUCG